GGUUGCUCGUCGCUAUAGGCUAAACCUUAAGCAUCGGAGAUCCAGAUCCCUGGUGGGUUCACACCGCUUGCCCCAAUUGUGAUCGGUCGGGGGGGCUAUGCACUCGACCGAGAGUAGUAGGGGGGAGCUCUGGCCAAAUAAUCUAGGUUAUCCCCGGCUUACGAUGUGCACGGGAGACGAAUUGCUGGUUGCUACAGCCUACAGCACUCACAUGGGAGGAACCAUGCGAUUGACGGGCAACUACCCAGAUUACAGUAAUCCAUCCGAGACACCCGAGAUCGCAAAGGGAUAGGCAUCAGCAUGAGCCAUGAGGAGCACCGAAAGUCGGAGG